AAAAUAAAAUACCAUAAUUAUUAGUCCGGGUUAGCCCAACCGGGCAUGGAGCGGGUAGCCUAUUUUUUCCGCUUCGUAAACUCUGCGGUUCUCUACCGCACGGUUCUGUGCAGUUACUGCCCGUCACUCUUGUUGUCCACGGUCUUUCUAUACCCAAUUUCGCAUAUUAAACCCUAAACAUUCAUUCUACAAUCUUCUCUGCAUCUUCUGGUCGGACAAAUUCCACACUCCAGCAAAAUCUCCGUGAUGGUGUGGUUUGAUAUCCUUGAGUAAUUUUCAGCUUGGUUCAAGGUUUGCUUUGCUAGAACUGUAAGGAAAUGGCAAAAGGUUCAAGGGGCAGACGCGGAAUUGCUUCGAGGCAGUGCAGACCGUCACCGUACCCCUUGUCAUCGUGCGCGCAGCAGAAGAGUUUCUCCAAAACAUUCAAAAAGGACUGGGAAGAUGCGACGUGUUCGGUGUGCAUGGAGCAUCCUCACAACGCCGUUCUUCUCCUGUGUUCUUCCUACGAAAACGGCUGUCGUCCCUACAUGUGCGGAACGAGUUUUCGCUACUCAAACUGCCUUGAUCAGUACAAGAAGGCCUGCACAAAAGCGGCACAGUGCCAAAUCCAUUCUCAUCACGACGCUCCCAACGAUAGUCGGGACCGCGAACCGUUCUCCGGUGCUCGGUUCUUAGCGAAUUCCGAGGCUACGGGGCUUGCCUGCCCGCUCUGCCGGGGUCAGGUGAAGGGGUGGACAGUGGUGCAGCCCGCCCGGGAAUAUCUUAAUUACAAGAAACGGAACUGUGUGAAGGACGAUUGCACGUUUGUCGGAACGUACAAGGAGCUGCGAAAGCACGUGAGGGCCGAGCACCCGUCGGCCAAGCCGCAUGAAGUGGACCCGACUCUCGAACACAGGUGGAGAACACUGGAGCGCGAGCGGGAGAGGGAUGAUGUGAUCAGCAACAUACGGUCGUCGAUGCCGGGAGCGGUGGUGUUCGGCGAUUACGUGAUAGAAGGAAAUCAUUUCAAUUUAGACAGCGGCGACGAAUUCGACGAGAACGGUUCUUUCCUCAGAUCUGAAUACGUCGAUGCAGGUAUCGACCGGGGCGUUCUGUCCAUGUUUUUCUUGCUGCAGGCAUUUGGUUCUGCAGGUGGUAACGGUAACGGCGGUAGUAGGGGUGGUGUGCGACGACUGCCGGAGAGAGAUGCUGCCGGAGGAGGAGUCGUGAGGCUGAGUCGGGGGAGCGCGGCGGUUGAUGGAUUUUACGGUGAUAGUGACGGCGAUGACGGCGGGAACGGUGUAUCGCUUGCGGACCGUCUCCUCCGGAAUCACGGUAGGGCUCUGUUGAGGCGAGCCGGGGCCGGGAGAAGAAGGCGGCAUAGGAAUGAAGGUAACGAUGGUAGUGUUGAGGAUCUAAAUGUUGGAGAAAAGGAAGGGUAGAUUGCGAAUAAGCAGGUCUGGACUGGACUGGACUGGGAGAUGGUACCUCCCUACUUUGAUUUAUGUCAUUUUGGUUUAAACACACACACACAUUGAGUACUCUAUACUGAGGAUGUAUGUAAUUUGCCAAUUUGAGCCCUCCUUUUCUGUCUA